AAGACUAGAGGACGUUAUAGAGGAGGCAGAAAGGAAUCCAAAAUAAUCGCCAACGAGAUAAAUCGAUGGCUCCUAACGGAAUCCGGAAGUUUGUUAAAGGGAGACGAGGAGGUACACAUGCGCUCUCACCGAUCUAUAGAUGAGGACGACGAAGAGAAACAAAGCGAUACAAAUUUUUUAUCCAAAGCCAGCCAACUGAUCGUCAAAAGAGAUGUUGAGAAUAACGCAAAGAAGUAUCACAAGAAAGAGAGCGGGGUUCCUGCUAGAAAGAACAAGAUCAAAAAAGCGAGGAGUGAUCCUGUGGCCAAAGGUCAUCAUGAAAACACGAGAAAAAGGGAUUCAAUUCGUGUGAUAAAGAAACAAGGACUAGUAAAACAUCACACAAAGAAAGGAGGAGGAAAAGAUAAAGCAGAUGAUAAAGGUAAAUUAGCGAUGAACGAGUUAAGUAAAGCACGCCUCGUGAAAGCGCUGAUUGAGGGAGAUUCUGAACCAAAGAAAGAUGCGGGUGUUUCUGAGCAAACUUAUAAAGAACUCGCCGAGUUUAUUGCAAGCAGUGAUCAAUACACAAUUGAAACAGGUAGCAAAAAAUCGCUCAUCCCAAGACCUUUGUCAAAAGCGCAUGCGAAAGGCACACAUAUUAAACUAACAAAGAAACACAAGAGGGUACUGGACAUACUAUCCAAGUUAGCACCAAACGUUCUUCGAAAAUAUUUCCACCAAAAAGGCUUGGACAAAUAUUGGAAAGUCAUGGAAAACAUCAAGAAAAUCCAUGCUGCUAAAAGGAAUAACCCAAAGAAGAAAUUCAUGGAUAACGCCAAAGAUAUUAAAGCUGUUAAGCAGAGCAGUGAGGAGGAAAGAAAGGAAAAUAAACACACAAAAGGUAGUAAAAUCGUCCCACCAAAGAAGCAGAAAUUGUCUUCAGAGCUUAAGCAUCCAGAGAAUGAUGCUUUAUUGAAGAUGCAAACAAAAUCACAAGAAAAGUCUUCAAAAAUAGAGUAUUCUAAACAAAAAAAAUCUAACGAUAAGGCAAUAAGGAAAUUACACAAGCACGAAGUUCUUCCAAACUCUUCUCAGGAGGCUGUGGUUGUUAAAUCUACCGAAGAAAAGCGCGCAAAGAAAUCAAAGAAAGAAGCGGCUAUUGGAAUUGAUCACGUGAAGAAACAACAGCACCAAACUGUAGUGGAACCAAGUCAUCAAAGAGAAAUUCCACAACCUCAAAAAGAUGAGAAAAAUAAUCUGUUUAAGGUGAUAAACAGUAAAAAUAUUACUUCUAUAGAGAAGAAAAAUGAGAAGCUCGGCUCUGAAAAGAGCUUAGACUCACCAGCAGAGUCGGGGUCUCAUGUUCAAAAUACCGUCGCAUAUAGAGUUAAUGAAAAGCAUAAAGCUCCUCGAUUUAAAGAUGUGCCCAAACAAGAAAGACAGAAGAAAGUUUCAGGACCUGUAAUUAAAAAAACCGCACAUGCAAAGAAACUUAAUGGUGAUGCUAAAGAUUUGAGUUCAUCAGCCAAUCGAGCCAAAAUGUCCACGAACAAAAACGUUCCGAAAACGCUGGAGAAGUCAAAUCAAGUUUUCGUGAAGAAAGACUCAAGCACACAUCAAAUAAAAAACCGCCAACAAUUGAAAGCUCCUCAGUUCCAGGUUAAGUCAGGGGCUAAGAAUACAACAAGAGAAUUGACCAACAAAAAUAUUUCAGAUGCUGAAAAUCAUAAAGAUACCGCCAAAACACCUUCGGGAAUGGAGCAUCACGUGAUCAAAGGGACGCAUGCUCGCCAGCUCGAGUCAAAACACAAUGAAAGUUUAGAGAUCAAGGAAGAACACCCCGCUUCAGGCAAGAUUAAUUAUUUGAAAGAGAAGAUCAGGAAAACGAACAACUUGAAAUUUAAAGUGGCCCAAGCGCUCCUCGCUCACUGUGAGACGCAAAAUAGACUGCGAAAAGUAUUUGAUGAUGUGAAUUCGUCUUUGAAAAAGGCAGCAGUACUUGCUCAAGCUAUUGGUAAAAAGUUCGGGAUUGAACAGAAUGACAUCGACAAAAUUACUUCUUAUCACACCGAAGGCGCUGUCGAGCAGUUCUUGAAUAAGUUAUUCUAGCUUUCAUUCUAACUUGAAAGUAGGCAGAGAUAAUCGACAUGUUCGAAAUGUAUCUAUCGAGAGCACUGAAUGAUAAUCGGUUGCUAACUGGUCCUAACUCCUAUAUUCAAUAUUUACCAUUCCAUGAGAGUCUCAAUUUGGGUUAGCCGUAAAACGGCGACAAAUUUAUUUGUUAGGCAUGUAGAAUGGAAAUUUUUAGUCGCAAAUAGUAAAAAAGUUUCUUGCCAGAAUGCUAAUAUCAAUUUUUAGGAUUUCACUGGUCUUGUCUCAUGGCUUAUGGACUCUAUUUCUGUCAUUUUUCCCAUCCCUGAAAGGUCCUUGGAGGUCUAAGCCGAUGAAAACUGAAAACAUUUUAAAACAAUAGAUUUUUCUUCUUUAGAUGUCUGUGCAUGGAGAGAAAUUAACCGGUUAGCUUUAAAAAUCUAUAGAGACCUGUUUCCAUAGCCAAACUAUUCAAUGGAAUUUAGGCACUAAAUGAAAAUGAAAAACUCCUACUAAACGAGUUCAAGGUCUAACUACACCCCUCUGUAACAGACCCAGUGGAAUCUAGAUGGAAAGAAAACAAUCUAGUACCCAUGCUAAAGACUAAAAGGAUAUUUGCUUCAACCUGUUUAGUUCCGUUUGCAAGCUUUACUGCAGUAUAUUUCGUAUCAAUCUUAGUCCCUACUACACUAUUUAACCGCAUAUUUCUUAACCCUGAUUGAUGUGAAAGGGGCCUUAAAGCAAUAUGGAGAGUGGUUUAAAAAAAGAUAUGGUAUCGGUCGGCGGAUUUACCAGUUUCGUGCGGACGGAAGGCCGAUUCGUAUAUAACAAAAUGUGCUGUAAAAAAUAUUCGGAUUCGGGGCCUUAAAACAAUGCUAUCAAUAAAUCCCUGCAUUAAUUUAUGUUCAUGUGCAUCAGGCCCGAGUUGUUCGAAAGGUGGAUAGCGCUAUCCAGUGGAUAAAUUACUGUCCACUGGAUAGCGCAAUAGACCUCUUUAUCUUGUAUGUUUUUGUUUUCCCGAUAGGGGUCCCAGGGGAACUUGACCCUUCAUAAAUUAUGCGCACAUACGCACGUGAAUAAGACGAAAUUUGAAAGAAACAGUUCCCUAGAGUACAUGACUUGUAUUGGGAAAACAAAAACAUACAAGCUAAAGAGGUCUAUUGGUUUUUGUAACACUUAUCCUCUGGAUAGCGCUAUUCAGCUUUUGAACAACCAGGGCCAGUUUUAUAUAGAUACCCUGUCCAGGCGCGGAUCCACAUCGGUUUCCACCGCUUUACAGAAAUCGGUCAGAUUUUUCAUAAUAAAUGUACUUUUAAUAAAUAGAAAACUUUCCAAGUUCUAAGGAUUCAUCCGGGGAGAAUGGAACUGGCCAACAUCCCGUCUGAAUGACUCAGAAUCCCAGAAAAGGGAACUUUAGGGAGUUAAAAUCCAAACCGGAUUUCCCCGGGGGAGCAUGUCCCCGGACUCACGUAGAAGCGUGCGCCUUCGGAGUUCGUUUAGGAAAUCGGUCAGUAUUCAUCCUCGAUCCGCGCCUGUUGUCAUUUUCACAUGGUUUGAUAUAGAAAAUAAUGAACUAUUUAAUAGGGAGUUUAAGCAGCGACGUUUUUGAGCGACGCACAUCAACCGGAAGUGGACUUUUUUUUUGCACAGGAGCAGUGAUUAUGAACAAAUGUUUGGGCUAAUCGUCUCUAUAAGAGUAAAGACACUUAGCAAUACAAAUUUGGUGGCGUCAAGGCAUAUAAAAAGAAAAAAAAGCUCACUUCCGGUUGAAGUGAGUCCCUGAUUAUUUACUCAAAAUAUCAUAUAACUACAAUUAUAGCCAGCCAUCGUUAUCAAGAGGUGGACAAUAGUUUAUUCUAAUCAGUCCAUGAUCUAAACAGUUAAUCAAAUGUUCAGCAUAAAAGUUAAGGACACCGUAAUAUCUCAUACUAAAGUAAAUAAAGAGGAGAAAAAUAUAUGAAUCGUCUUUUUAGCGCGUAGAUAUUUCCCGGAUGAAUUGUGAUUAUCAGAAAAUUGAUCAUCAUCAUCAUCAUCAUAUCAUCAUCAUCAUCAUCAUCAUUAGCUAACCGAAGAGCAGUUGACUGUAAGGCGUCUCCAGCUGGUUCGGUCUUGGGCAGUGCGCAAGAUGAGAUCCUCUGAGAAAUGCUUAAUGGGGUCGAUCUAUUCCUGGACUUGGCUAUAAAAGGACUUAUGCAGUCUCCUUGAGGGUCUUCUCCCUUGGAGGAGGAGGGGCUCAUACAAGGCGUAGAUGUUAGCGGGUGUGGCCUUCGAGUAAGCCCUCGAUUUGGGGGAGUCCGAGAAGACACGCAAGAGUUUUCUUUCACGGCUCGCUUCGUUCGCCAUAAUUGGAGAGCUCUCUAUGCGCAAAAUGUGACCGAGGAACUUGAGCUGACGUGAGAUGAUCUUCGAUAGCAGAAAAUUAAAGACCUCAACUGCUCUUUAAACUCUCCUUUUGAUGAUAAGCUCAAAUACAACAUAGGGCCAAUUUGAAAUUAAAGGGAAUAAAACAUAUGAAAUGCCUUUACGUAAGCUAAAUACAUAUCACAUGCGGAAACGCUGCCUCAAACUCCCACUUAAUAUCAAAUGGCAGAGCAAAGUGUCUAAUAAAGUCCUGAAAGAAGUGAACUUGGCAAUCAUGUUCACGCUGCUCAAAAAGAAACGAAUGCGCUGGCUCGGUCAUUUUGUCAGAAUGAAUGAUAACCAAAUUCGAAAGGAGCAACUUUAUGGUGCCGAGCGGUCUCAGGGAAACCCGCCCAACAGGUAGACAUUAGCUUCGAUACACCGUAGCAUGAAGAAUGUCUGCAGAAGAGACCACGAAGCCUUGGAAACAUCCCUGCUUCUGAUCGUCCACAAUCGCGACAAGCUGUGAAUCAAGUGCCGGCCAAGAAGUUUGUUGUGACGUUGGCCGAGAAGGCAGAACAGAAGAGACAACAAAAGAAAGAGGGAGAGCACUUCAAAAAGACGCCGAGUUUUAUCUGUAAGCACUGAAGUGGAGGGUUUGAUGUUGAAGAGAAAAUCAAAGAAAUGAACAGUAAAAACGUCCUUCAGUUGUGAGAAUAGUGCAUUGUUUAGAGACUCGCUAAACUCUGAAUUGCACAUUGAUAAGUUGCAAGCUGUCUGCUCUUGGUCAAAUAUUCAUUUCUGUCUACGUCAUAUUACAUUUGAAUAGGUAAAUAAGUAUCUUAUUUCCUGACAUGUUUACAGUACUCAAAUCCAAACAACGUAAACUUAGAAGGUUUGAUAUAGAACAACAUAACCUUGAUCAUCAGUAAAAUUGAUCAAGACCAAGAAGAUUUUUUGUCUGCAAUGAGCCUCAGUGUACUUCUGGCCACAACAAGCAACACGUGAUUGACCUGUUAGGUCCUGCGUCUCUUCCGAACUGCAAUGUUACUCCUUUUAAUCUUGAUGGGGCUUUCGGUGGAACCAGAAAUACAAGGUAAAAUUUUGAAAAUGUAUUGAAUUUCUCAUACAUUAUCGUGAAGUAUUCCGCUUUAUUUUUGUUGUUUUAGCUAUAGACCUUGUUUUCGUUUCUUAUAUUUUUUGAAAUAAUAUCUGUCAAACAAACCAUGGCUGCAACCUGUAGCGACCUGCUAAAUCUGAUAUGCACCAGCUCAGCUGGCCUUGUUGGGGGAAAAUAUGAUAAGUUUCGACAGUUUAUUGUCAUCCUUAUGAAUAUAAACCUAGGGAAAAUGGCGUAGGGCGUAACUAUCCCGUGGUGCUUUUAGACAAAGCAAGGUGGCUGAUAAGAUGCUAGAAGGGCAAAUUAACUGAGUUGAACGACAUCAGCCUCCAGCCAAAAGGAAUAUAGUUUAUCUCUUGAUGGAGAAAAACUUUUUAAAAUGACUGAGAAAGAAAAGUAUAUAAACGAAAAGUAAUAUAGUUAAAAAGUUGAAAGAUUGCUGAACAUAUUUUCUCCGUCUUCGCCCGCCUUAAUCGCAUUCGCAGCAUCUGAGAAGAUAUAUUGAGAAAAAUCGAGUCACUUAGGGACAUUCCGAGGUAUAACACUCGAACGCAUCACAGAACUACUCUCUGUGGUGUACGAUAUUGGAUAUGACAUUCGCCACUUUAGAAAUGAGAAGAGAACUGGAGCCGAAAGUCAUCCCGCAAUUGUUUCUGGGAUUGUUGCUGGGGACUCGAUGGUCAGCUACUGUCCCUAGCAACAGUCCCGGCAGUCUUUGAGAAAGUUAACUCGACCCAGGUUUCCUCUCUUUUCUUAAGUGGCGAAUAGGUAAGACUUGUACGUACGGUUGCUAAGCGACUGUAUACUGAUCAUUUCAAGAAGUGUUAUUAAUAGGCAAUCCUUGGACAGCCAAGUAACAUUGCAGUAAAGUAUAAUAAACAGUUUUAUAUGACUUGUUAUCCCUACGGAAUUCAAGACGCCCGAAGGAAAUGUAUUUACAUUCGGCGGAGCUAAACGUAGUGGCAGUGACAGAGAAUGUAAAUACUUUCCUAUUGGUAUGAACGCACGUGAGCCGUUAUGGCGUUAAUUGACUCUAUUGUUAUUAGGUAUAUAAGGUUUUGACAGUUGUAAUGUAUUCAUCUCAGCUCUCGAACUAUCAACUUUUAUUUUUAUAUCUUACUUCAUUCAUCUAUCGAUUGAUUUUUUACCUUUAACCCCCAGAGGUUGUGCGACCGAUCGGUUGGGUAAUACGUUCCCAAUUUUUUCCCAUUGGGUUUUUUGGGUUUUCGUAUCAGGCGGCGCACGUGAAUAGUUUAGCCUGAGUGACUUUAUUUAGGGAUAUUUGUAUACCAUUCUUUAGUUAUGAUGUUGAACUUUGUAUGAUAUUUGGACGGCAUUAAACACUCAGGCUCCUUAGUUCGAGCUGCACACCCAUUCCCGUCUCUUAGUCGUGAAUAUAAAUAGGAAAAACCUGAAACAAGGUUAGAUAAAGAGUGAAUUUAAACAACUCCUUUCCUUUUUAGCAACAGCACAUCAAAGGAAAGAAAGAGACAUCCUGGAGUUUUUCAUGAAGGCUGGCGAAAAUGCAAUAAAGGCCAUUUCAGGUCUGAUUCCAGGAGGAAAACCUAAAUCUCAAAUGGCCACGCAACCCAAAGGACCUAAAAUACCGCUGAACACAAUCAAUGAAGACUCAAUCAAACCUGUUAUACCGUAUAAACGAGAUGGAAUAGUGAAAUUGAGGAAUAAUAAUUUAAAGAAAGAAACAAUCACUUAA